CUUUUUUUUUUUUCGCUCCCUUUGUAAGUUGCAGGUUAAGUGGAGCUAGAGAGCAACGUUGCAACCUACUUGGAUUUUUUUUUUUUUGAGGGAGCAAAAUGUAUCAGAAUUUAACGUGUGGCUAAGAGAAGAACUGGAGAGAUCUGGUCCCGUCUGGAAGGUGCAGAGUCAAUCAUCUGUGAAUGCCCCACGGUCAGUUUCCUUGAGAUUCUGAACUCGGCAGCCUCACCACUCUCUGCUUCUGGGAUUUGGAGUCUCCCUCUUCACUGUGCCUCCCCCUCCCCUGCCCCCCUUCGUCCCCCCUUCCAAGAACUCCAGGGGAUUUGUUGGAUGGUCAUGGAGUCCCGGGAGAUCUUAAGCAGCUCCCGGCAAAGGGGGGCAGAGUCGGAUUUUCUGGCCGUCCCCUCGGCCAAGCCCUCGGCCGCUUCCAGCUGUCCAGGAGAACCUUUGCAUGCCUCUGUGGGGUCUGGAAAAGGGAUCCCAGGGGGCGGAGAGCGCAUGGAGCCAGAGGAAGAGGAUGAGCUGGGUUCCGGGCGAGACAUUGAUUCCAACUCAAACGCGGACAGUGAGAAGUGGGUGCCCGGAGAUGGCCUGGAGGAGCAGGAGUUUUCUAUCAAAGAGGCCAACUUCACUGAGGGGAGCCUUAAGCUGAAGAUCCAGACAACUAAGAGGGCCAAGAAGCCCCCGAAGAACUUGGAGAACUAUAUCUGCCCCCCAGAGAUCAAAAUCACCAUCAAGCAGUCUGGGGAGCAGAAACUCUCGCGAACUGGGAAAAAUAGCAAAACUGCCAAGGAGGAAGACAGAAGCCACUCCAAAAAGAAGGUUUCUGAGAGGCCUCAGAAACAUUCUACCCUACAUUAUGACCUGGGCCUCCAACAGGACUUCACCAGUGACACCUUAAAACCAAAGCACCAGCAAAAAAGCAGCAACCAGCACCACCUAGACUGGUGUGCCACCUCUAACACUGGAUCCGCCUCCCAGAGCUGCUUUGUCAGUUCCGAGUCUAAUCGAGAAACAGGAGUCACUACCAAGAUCCCUGCUCUCGAGCCUGUGGGUCCCUUUGUGAAGUCCCAAGGGAAGAAAGCCAGCACGGGCAGUGCAUGGAGUCAGUUGUCCAGCAGUAACAAAGAUCUGAUCCUCUGCAAUGCUGCUCCACCCCCAAGCCCCAUCAAUUCACAAUCCCAGCCUAGCCACUCAGCCGAGGGCAAUGGGCUUCCGGCCUUAGUGGACCAAGAUGGAGGGCCAAGGGAGCCUCCCGACCCACCUGCUGGGAAUACAAAGAAGAAGUCCAGCAAGAAAGAGUCACUCAACCAAACUAUACAAAACCCAGACCUGGAAUGGGUCAAGAAUGCCCAGAAAGUAUUUGAGACCAAAACCCAUGACAUCAUAGAAGGGAAGAAGGAAUGCUACUCAGCAGAGAGCGUCCUAGUCGCAUCUCCAGCUAGGCAGAAUGGAAGUUCCAGCAACAACCCUGAAGGCGACAUGAGUCACGUUCGAAUCACUAUCCCGAUAAAGACUCCGAAUCUAGAUCCACCGAGCCAUAAAAGGAAAAAGAGGCAGUCGGCCAAAUCUGUAGGAGAGAAGACCAUCCAAGAGAAAAUCCUGCCUGCUGGGCUUCCUCUGAGCAGCGAAAUACCUGGGAGGAUCCUUUCCCAUCCAGAGGGAGGCAAAAAAGACAUCCGAGCCCCGAAGCUGGGGAAGAUGAUGGAGAGCGACUCUUCCUCGGUCACUCUCGAAAGCGUUGGCAGCAGCGAGAAAUUCCUCCCAAACAGCGCCUCCAGGCUCCGGAAGGCGGGCCCGUCCAUGACGGCCCUAGUCUCCCUCGAUCUGUCUCCGGCGAGCGCGUUGUCCGAAAUCCAGCACCCAAAACUCGCGGCUAAACGGAGGUGGACGUGCAGCAAACCAAAACCCACCAAUCUGCUGCGGGAGUCGGCCCUGAUGACCUCUGAGAAACUGCUGGUCGAGCCUCCCUCCGCUUAUCCCAUCACCCCCUCCAGUCCUCUGUACACCAACACCGACAGUCUUACUGUGAUCACACCAGUCAAAAAGAAGAGGGGACGGCCCAAGAAGCAGCCCCUGCUCACCGUGGAGACGAUUCAUGAGGGGACAUCCACCAGCCCGGUCAGCCCCAUCAGCCGGGAAUUCCCCGGAACCAAGAAGAGGAAGAGACGACGCAAUCUAGCCAAGCUGGCCCAGCUGGUGCCGGGAGAGGAUCAGUCCAUAAGCGAGUUGAAAUUUCACAAGAAAGUCGGCAAGCUCGGCGUGCUGGACAAGAAGACAAUCAAGACCAUCAACAAGAUGAAGACCCUCAAGAGGAAGAACAUCUUGAACCAGAUCUUGUCCUGCUCCAGCAGCAUCGCUCUGAAGUCCAAAGUGCAACCACAGUCCAGCACAGGAGCGACGGCCAUCGACACCAGACUGGGAAAGCAGAUCAAUGUCAGCAAGAGAGGAACAAUCUACAUUGGCAAGAAGAGGGGCAGGAAGCCGCGGGCGGAGCUGCAGCCCCCCCAGGAAGAACCCAAGACAGCCAUCAAGCACCCGAGGCCUGUUUCGAGCCAGCCGGAAAACCCAGCAGUGCCUUCCAGCUUCCAGUCCCUCGUGGCCUCCUCACCAGCAGCUAUUCACCCGCUUUCGACCCAGUUAGUGGGCUCUAAUGGCAACCUUAGCCCCUCCAGCACUGAAACCCAUUUUUCAGAGUUGAAAACUAUGCCAAAUCUCCAGCCCAUCAGUGCGCUUCCCACAAAAACCCAGAAGGGCCUCCACGGCGGGACGUGGAAACUCUCCCCUCCCCGGUUGAUGGCCAACUCGCCCUCGCACUUGUGUGAGAUCGGGUCCCUGAAGGAGAUCACUCUCUCUCCCGUGAGCGAGUCACACAGUGAAGAGACCAUCCCCAGUGACAGCGGGAUCGGGACAGACAACAACAGCACCUCUGACCAGGCGGAAAAGGGCUCUGAGUCCCGGCGGAGGUAUUCGUUCGAUUUCUGUUCCCUGGACAAUCCAGAGGCCAUCCCAUCCGACACCAGCACAAAGAACAGGCACGGGCACCGGCAGAAGCAUCUCAUCGUGGAUAACUUUCUUGCUCACGAGAGCGUGAAGAAGCCAAAGCACAAGAGGAAACGGAAGAGUCUGCAGAACCGAGAUGACCUCCAGUUCCUCGCGGACCUGGAGGAACUCAUCGACAAAUUCCAAGUGUUUCGGAUCUCCCACCGAAGCUACACAUUCUACCACGAGAACCCCUACCCCAGCAUUUUUCGGAUUAAUUUCGAUCACUACUACCCGGUGCCAUAUAUCCAGUACGACCCGUUGCUCUACCUGCGUAGGACCUCGGACGUGAAGUCGAAGAAGAAGCGUGGUAGGCCUGCCAAAACCAAUGACACCAUGACAAAGGUGCCUUUUUUACAAGGGUUCAGCUACCCUAUUCCCAGUGGGAGUUACUAUGCACCCUAUGGAAUGCCUUACACAUCAAUGCCUAUGAUGAACCUGGGUUACUACGGUCAGUAUCCAGCUCCUCUUUACCUGUCUCACACCCUCGGAGCGGCUUCCCCCUUCAUGAGGCCCACAGCGCCCCCGCCCCAGUUCCACGCGAGCUCUCACAUGAAGAUGUCCAGCACUGCCAAACAUAAAGCAAAACACAGCAUGCACCUGCAGACCCCGGUAGGGAUGAGCCGGGGAGACCUGCAGCCCACCCUGACUCCCCCGAAGGUCGGAGGGGCUGGUUUGCCCAGCGGUCGGCUCCACAAAAGGAAACACAAGCACAAGCACAAGCAUAAGGACGAGCGGAUCCUCGGGGCCCACGAGGACCUCAGUGGCCUCUUUGCUAGCAAAGCCGCCAGCUUCUCCAGCCACGUGAUCGGAGAGCGGUUGGGCAGCUCGGACAAGGACCUGUCCCUGAUGAGUGAGAAGAGCAAGCAUAAGGAGACACAAAAGCACCAGCAUUGCGAACCUGGACAUAAGAACUCCAAGAGCAACUUUGAGGUUGACACCCUGUCGACCCUCUCGCUCUCCGAUGCCCAGCAGUGGACACAGUCCAAAGAGAAGGGUGACACAGGCAACGAGCCAUCCGACUCCUGCAUGAAGAGGUACUCUGGUAGUGGGGAGAGUGUUGGGACGAGGCCAGAGACCCUGGACAUGUUUGGAGAAAUGAACGGUCCGAGUGACAAGUGGGAGACUGAAGUCAGCGGGAGUAAGAGAAGAAGUUUUGAAGGGUUUGGAACUUACAGGGAAAAAGAAAUCCAAGCCUUCAGGAUGAACCGGAAAGAGAGAAAUACCUACGACCCCUCUGGGUCUUCAGAUCUGCUGAUGAAAGACAGGCAGGGAUCGAACAUUCCAAGUCUUCACAGAGAAUCCCAUCUUUCAGGAAUUACAAGCCCCCACUUGAAAGCAGACCAGAGUUCCCUGCAUAGUAAAAAUGAGGGCCCCACAUCCAGCGUGAUGACCAGAAGGAAACCAGCAGCAGUUGAAAGUGUUGCAAUGUCACCGACUCCAGUAUUAUCUCUCUUGGCCUCAUCAGCAGCCACGUCUGAAGCAGCUACCCCUCCACUGAAGAAGCGAUUCAAACGCCGAGAAAUCGAAGCAAUCCAGUGUGAGGUGCGCAAGAUGUGUGACUACACCAAGAUCCUAUCCACCAAGAAGAACCUGGACCAUGUGAACAAAAUCCUGAAAGCCAAACGGCUGCAGAGACAAUCAAAGACAGGCAAUAAUUUCGUCAAGAAAAGGCGGGGCCGCCCCCGCAAGCAGCCUCUCCCAUUUGACGAAGACUCCAGAGACCAAAUGCCCGUCCUGGAAAAAUGCAUUGACCUCCCCAGCAAGAGAGGACAGAGACCCGCCCCGAACCCUUUGGUUUUGGAGCAGGCAGCCAGCCAGGACACCAUCAUGGCCACCAUUGAGGCGGUCAUCCAUAUGGCCAGGGAGACCCUGUCCCCUCCUCCUCCACCUCCCCCUCCCCCUCCCCCUCUUCCCCGGACACCGAGAGGUGGGAAGAGGAAACACAGACAGCAGCAGGAGGAGGAAGUGAAGGCAAAAAGACACCGGAAAUCUCGAGGCAGUGAAACCGAAGCCCUUCCUUAGGGUUGGGCGGGAUGAACUGAAUGUCGGCACCAAGUGCCGGAUCCUAUCCGGACUGACAAAUUGUGGCGUGCAAAAGGGAACGGGUGGCUGGGGGGUGGCGGGUGGAGGGAGCCAGGGGCCACUGGCAACAGGAUCGCGCUUGCCCUUCUCUUCUUUGGUGUGUGGGCAGGCCUUAUUGGUCUAGAUGUUGGUGUUCCAUCCUGGGUCCUUGGGGCAGCAUGGGUGAGGAGCCUUUGAAAGGAGCAGACUGAUCUGCUCCAGUUUCCGAAGAAAUCAGUAGUUCUGAAUCAAACAGUCAAUCAAUUAAUUGUAUUAAUUGAGUGCUUACUGUAUGCAGAGCACUGUACUAAGCGCCUGGGAGAGUGAAGUGCUUCUGAAGUGUUGUGUUUUACAAAAAAGACCACACACAACACACACCCAGAGAAAGCAGUUGUACGCUUAGUCACCCAACAGCACUUGUCUCCCAGGGUGCAGAUUUGAUUCUGAUUUGGUUGCCAGCCAAUUAAAUUGCAGAGGGCCAUACUGCAUUAGAAACUAUUGUAAGGAAAAUCAUCUUAACUCAUCAACUCCCUUGGUUGCAGCCAGUUUAAAUGAUUUUGUUUUUCACUUUGUGUUAGUGUUUUGGUUUUAAAAUGUUGCUAGGCUUUGGGGAAAUGUAAUCUCCACUGUUCUUCUUGGCUAUAUAUUUUCUCAGCGGUAAAUGUGUAAUUUCAAGGAUUAGCAGCAAAGGCAAGACUAGUAAACAGCCUUACACAUACCACCAACUCAUGCACACAGUCGGAUUGUCUCCCUCUUAUUUCUGACUGAACAAACUCUAACAACUCUCCUACUGUCCUGUACACUGCCUCCACCACACACACCUAAACUACCCUGCCCUUUCCCUUUCUCCUUCCCGGUUCACAUGUCAACUCCUAUCAUCUACCGUUUCUGGUUUUCCAAGACGUCCACCCUUUUGGUCCAUACCGUCUUGCACACUCACCCCACUCACUUUGGAAACAUACCUUCACAAAGAACUUUCCUUCCUCUGUCCCCGACCCUCAUGCUAAAAAUGCUCUCCCUGAGAAUAAUGGUGUAGCGUGAUGUUUGAAAUAAUAUUUAGCUGAUAGUGUUCAAUAAUGACAGCCUUCUAAGUCACUUGUAGUGCCCAUAGAUAUGAUGGCCAAGGUGUUGACCAAAUUGUUUUCAGCUUAAUACAUAUCAAAAGAGAACAGCCAGAAACUUCUUUCUUAAAGACCCGCCCAAUAGUGCAUCACGGACAAACUCACCAAAUAAUGAAAAGAAGACCAAAAGCAGAAGCAUACAGUAAUGCCUUGGUACAUUUAAAAAGGAAACAGAUGAAGUAGGUUGGUGAAAACAUUUAAAAAGUCAUGAAGAAGUAUGUGAUCUCUUGGCAGUUAUUUCUGAACAAAAAGGAAUAAGUGUUCUUAUCCGAAAAAACAAAAAUUGAUGAUCAAAGGGUAUCACCACUGUAAUUGUAUCAAGCCACCUUGGACAAGUUAUCCAGGCUGUGGUUGCCUUAAUACACUAAAGUGAUUUUUUUUGUACAUAAUGUAAUUAUAAAGCUAUCAGUCUGCAUGGAUGCAAACUGUGUGUGACAAAUUGUCUCUUUAAAUGGUCAGUUUAAAUUGUACAUUUCCUCACUCAAGUUGUAUGUUAGCCAUCAAUUUGAGCUUGGUCAAAUAGCUAAUCUCCAGUAUCCAUCUCCACUUCCCAAUUAAAACUUUUUAGCAAGACUGAGACUGAAAAUAAAGGUACUCCAUUGCAGUAAGUGUUUUAUACAAGUUGGAUGUUGAAAUUUUUAACAAGUAUUUUACAAUUUCUUCCCCUUCCCUACUCUCCCACCACUCCCAAGACACCAAACACCUAGCAUGGCUAAGUUUAAUAGCAGAGAAAGGGAAUGAAAACCCCUAGUAGGGAAAAGAACAAGUAGUUAAUCUCCAAAAGGCUUCAUGCCGUUUGAAAAUUCUAAGAGGCCAUUGGUGGUGGGUACCAGUUUCCAUGAUUGUUUCUGAACAAAACCAGGGACCCCUAGUGAACAUUGUUUUCUGAGUUUAGUUUUUGUGAUGAUGGAAGCGGGGUGGGAUGUCUUUUUAAGGUUUAAGUCACCAUUACAUUUAUGACUGAUUUCAGCCUGGAAGUUUAUUAUAGCUUUCAAUGAUGUCUUUCUAAGUUCUUUUGGAAUCUGCUGUAGGACCUGAACGUAGAGUUCCACCCAACUGAUGCUGUCACCACGGAAAACAUAACUUCGCAAUGUGUGAGUGUGUCUCCGUAUGUGUCUGUGUGUCCUUGAAUCCUUACAUCUUUUGGAAAUGCAAGUUUAGGUGGUCACAUCUCCCAAUACUUUACAAAUCUGAUGCCCUGGAUAACAUUGCUGCCCUAUGUUUCCAUGGGCAUUUUGCACGUCAUGUGCAGAAAAUGAAUCCACUCAGUCUUGCUUUCCAGUGCCCAGUCCAGAAUAUAGCCAACCGAUGCAGACAGCCCUGGAAAAGGAGGCUUAUAUUGCAGUUCCCCUUUACCUGCCCCUACCUGCUAAAAUAUACCCAUUUUCAAAUGAAUUAAGCAGUGAAGCUGCUCGACAGCAGGUCAGUCCUUGAAAUAUCUUUAGGUGGGUGUAUGGAGAACCAGAUGUUUUGCUAGGAGGAGUGAUGCAUACACAGUGAGGACUGAGAAGAAGUUAGAGGCAACCCCUGAUUUGAAUGUAUCUGACUGCUAAGCAGGUCUAUCUUUCUGGUCAAAAACAUUUAAAGGCAGUGGUUGUUUGCCGAGAGGGACAUCACUGGCAGGCUUGACCCAGAUCAUCAGAGCUCCGAAAUGGCUUCUCAAGUGAGAUAGUUCACAGUUACUCUCGAUUACGAGGUGGACUUUUUUAAUAUUGAUCCACUAUCCUUCGUCCCCAUUCCAGGGUAUCACCACCUCAGGGUGGAGAAGUGUUGCUAUCUUAGGAAAGUCUGGAAGCCUGAUGGUACGGAAUGGGGCUCGAGAAAGAUUAGCCGGCUAAUGUGGAUGAGAAUCAGACGAUGUUAGAUGGCAGGAUUUGUGUUCUGCCUGCUGUGGGGGUCUACUCAUGAUAAGCAAGAUGUUGGCAGAAUAUAAGGUGAUUUGCUACAUGCAGAUCAUCAACGAUUUAGUUUUAGGGCUUAAACUGAAAAUCCCACUCCCAGAGCCUAUUAUCCAACAAUAUUCCCGGUAAUGAGCUUUGUGAUAUUUUUCUCCAACUAGCAGGGAGCUAUCUGAAUUUGACUAAGUGUAUUUUCAAGGACUUCUAAAUGAUGAUAGUAACCUAUUAGGGGAGGAGAAGGUGAAAACAGACCAGGCUCAGAAGCCAUUUUGUACUUCAUUGUAAUAUUUAACCAUUACUAAAUACUGUACAGGUAUUAUUCUAGCACUCCCCAGUUCGACAGCAAUGGUCCAGAAUCCACAGCAACUGUUUCCACCACUGCAGUGACUAGGGCCAUUGUGGUAAAAUGCCAUUGUAUUUUGGGUUUCACUUUAUGGUUUCAAGAAUGAGAAUUUUCUCAGUCCCUUGUUUCUCAGACUUGAUCGCUCUUCCGUUUCACCUCACCUGAAAUCAAGGGCACAGCAGUUUGGGGACAAGUAUUAGAAGCACAUUUCAACUGAAGAAAGAAGAUCUUAGAUCUCCAUGACCUGUCUGCCUGCCUAGUUGGUAACAAAACACUAAAAGAGAGUGGGGGGGCGGGAAAGGGAAUAGAUGUGAACAGAGCUGCCAAUUAGUCAACAUGGGGGAACAGGUCAGACCCUUGUUGGUUUCCUUCCUUUUCUUUUCUUUAAAAAAAAAAGCUAUUUCUUAAAUAAUAAAUGCACAUGAAGUGUUAAAUAUGUAUAUAUUUCAAAAAAAAGAACGGGGCACAAGAUUGUUUUACAAGUCGUGCUGGCUAAUUUUUAGUUUGUAUUCAUAAGUGGUUUUUAAAAGCCUUUUUUAAAGUGUAAUUUGCAUGUUCUACUUUGAUUGUAUGUAAACAUAUUUUAGAGCAAAAAAUGUAUUUGUAUUUUAUUGAAUAUAGAGGCAAGAAAAACUUGUACAUUGUUUGAAAUGUUCUUUUUGUAACAGUUUUUAUUCAUAAAGCAUUUUUGUACAUUUAAAAUGGAUAUGGACUUGCUGUUAUUUGAGGCUUAGAUACAUCUGGCAUGCUUUAAUGUCAUGCUCCUUCAUGAUCUUAGAUGUUGGUUUUUAAACAUUUUUUCUAAAAGAAAGCUCAGUCUUUUCGCUACCAGAUCAGGUUAGCACGGUAUAGAGCACUUAACUAAAAAAAAAAAAAGUUAAUCCUAUUCAUAUGUUAUUCAUUGUGUGAAAUUAAAGGAAUUCAAUUCAGUCUAA